AUGAAGCUGCGAAUUCGUUGGCGAAAGAUGCGUCCCCUGCGGCUGACUAACUUCUGUCUUCUGCUUAUAGUGAGUAACAUCAGCAAGCAAUGGGAGCUUGGACCAGACAUGGCUAAGGUCCGCCGUGCUUUGAACAUCCCUUUAAAGUUUUGCGAGUGGCGCUGGCUGUUGAGCGAGUACCGAGAGGUAGACGGUGUCUGCCCACUGCCGAGGAUGUCGAAAGAAGAGUGUUUCGCUGAAUCUCCCCCAAAGAGAAAGGCUGCUGCCAAAUCUUCAAGGGGUGAAGCUACUUCUUCACACGCAAAGAAUGGGUCUCCAUCGAGGAAGAAGCCAAGGCUCCCUUCUACUAAGAAGACUCAAGUGGGGUCUGCUCCAUCAUCAUCUGCCAGGGUCAAGCAUCUCAUGGGUACAAAUAGCAUGAAGGUUGGUGGUAUGCACGGUGCUUGGGGUGUUCUGCCCGAGCCUCCUGCUGACACGCUCGAGAACCAUGAUGUGCUUCGUGAGGCAGCUCGUGCCUGA